ACAUUUUUACGGCUAGUACCCAACAACCACCCAACAACCAAGCCAACAACCUUAUAUUCGCAUAUUUACAAUUUUACUUUCUCUGUGAUUCUUAAAAAAAAACAUAAACCAUCUAAAUGUCAUCUGUCAUUUUGCUUUGCACUGUGAAGUUUGAACGUUCUGCAUUGUAUUGUGAUAUUAAAUUUUUAUUGAUAAAAUUAAAUAAGUAAUAAUAGCUCCACAAAAAGCUUUUAAAAUUAUUUGCAUAAGUUUUUACUGUAUGAAAAAACAUGAUAUAAAUUUUAUGUGCUUAAAUCUUAGAUGAGUUCGGUAUACAUCACGGUCACCGCGUCACGUCCAACAAUGUUUAUAUAAAAUAAGGUAUAAUUAAACUAUAAAAAUGGGUGAAUCUCAAGUGGCGAACAUCGUUAACGAAAUACUGCGAGUGGAGGCAGUGGAGGAAGCGUUUAGUUGUUUCUUGGUUCACAAGCCGGAUCAGGAGAAUGAAAGGCUCUCAAUGUAUCAAAAGAAACUAUCUGCUGUAAUGACGUCAUCGAGUGCUGAGGUGCAGGAGUCUGGAAUAAGACAAUAUAUAACACUGACUGCUGUCCUCACGAAUCGGUACAAGAUGAAACAACUACUGACUCUACUAGAGAAUUUGGUGAAUACCAAUAUUUUGCAAGCGCGUAUGCUCUGCGACUGUAUUCUUGUAUGCGAGAGACUAACAUAUCAAAAUGCUGAUUUUUGGAUAGAAUGUUUUAACCUGAUCCGAAGAAUUAUUGGCGGAGUCGAUUACAAAGGUGUUAGAGAAAUUUUGAAGGGAUGUCGUGAUAAAGCUCUCACACUGCCAAUUAGAUUGAACUCAAGUACAAUGCCGCAAAUGAAAGCUAUUUAUAACGUAAUUGAAUAUAUUUUUGAUCGUAACGCCUCUUUACUGCCAGCAUACUUCAUAGUGACCGAAAUACAAAAGGACUAUCCUGACAACAAUCACUGGUUGCAUUGGCAACUAGCUAAGUUAUUAUCAACAUUUGUAGAAAGUUUUAAACCAUGUGCACAAAUGGUUUCUAUUGUCGGUCAUUCAAAAAUGCUACCCAUUGUAGAAUUCUCGGGAUAUGCGGACCAUUUAGUAAAUCCGUGGCGCUUAGAUCCAACCACAUUGAAAUUCUGUUUAAAAGGCAACCUGCCAUAUGAGGAUGAGCUGUUCAAACCGCAGAUAGAUUUAUUAAAACAUGUUUUGCAACAGCCAUAUUCGAGGGAUAUGAUGUGCUCUAUGUUAGGAUUGCAAAAACAGCAUAAGCAGUUGUGUAUAGCUUUAGAGGACCAAUUGGUUGAGCUGAUGAUCCUGCCGAUAGAACGGAGUGAACAAGAGAACGAGGAAGACGAAAUGUCCUCCACACAUUGGUGUUGGUUGCAUCUAUCAUCUCAAGUGAUAUAUUUAAUACUGAUAGGCUUUGCCUCCUUCCCGAAUAUAGUUAUGGGAUUGCAUAACAAGCUGAUCGGUCGAGAUAUGAAAAAGGGAAGGGAUCAUUUGAUGUGGGUUCUAUUGCAAUAUAUAUCGGGGAGUAUCCAGCGGAAUUCUUUGUCGCUGUUUUUACCGAUUGUCAAGUUGCACGAGCUGCUUUAUCCAGAGAAAGAACCAUUGCCUGUGCCAGAUUGUACAAAGGCUCACUGUACACACCAAAUGGCUGUUGUAUGUAUAUGGACACAUUUGUUGAAGAAAGCGGAAAUUGAACAUAAGACUAUGGUUAUGCCACAGAAUUUAAAGCUGCAAUAUGAAUUCUUCCAACAUCUCAUGACGUCAAACAAUACGCCAACCUUAAUGGGCUCCGACUACCGCAUAGCGUUACUAUGCAACGCGUAUUCCACCAAUCAGGAAUAUUUCGCUCGACCAAUGGGAAUCAUAAUAGAAACUCUAUUCGGCAGUCAAAAAGCAAUGUCCAAUGGAAAUCCUGCUUCACCCUUACCAACUGUGCCACUAUCUAUGUGCAUUUUGGAUAGUUUAACGCUUCACUGCAAGAUGUCCUUAAUACAUUCUAUAGUGGCACAUAUAGCGAAAUUGGCGCAAAAUAAAACUAAUAUUCCGGGAAGCAAUAUGAUGGCGCCAGCAAUGGUUGAAACGUACAGCCGCCUUCUGGUGUACACUGAGAUUGAAUCGAUGGGCAUUAAAGGAUUUAUUAACCAGCUAUUGCCCAACGUGUUUAAGUCCCACGCGUGGGGCAUCCUCCACAACCUGCUGGAUAUGUUCUCGUACAGAAUACACCACAUACAGCCCCACUAUAGAGUCACUCUGCUCUCCAAUAUACACUCGCUGACUGCGUACCCGCAAGCGAAUCAAACCCAACUGCAGUUGUGUUUCGAAAGCACAGCGCUCCGUCUCAUAACAAGUCUGGGCAGUUCGGGAGUUCAGCUGCAAAUGUCUCGUGUGGUCUCGGAGCCCAAGUCGUUGGUUUCUAGUGAGAGUGAAGAGCUUAACCGAGUGCUCGUGCUCACUCUAGCACGAGGGAUAUAUAUGACGGGGGCUGGUAGUGACGGAGCAGCAGUUAAAGAGUUACUAACAACAAUAAUGACGAACACACCGCACAUGUGGUCACAGCACACGUUGCAAUGCUUCCCGCCUGUAUUGGUUGAAUUCUUUGCUCAGAACCCAGCUACAAAGGAAAACAAGCAACUCCUCAAGAAGUCGGUGGAGGAAGAAUAUCGUAAAUGGACGUCAAUGGCGAAUGACAAUGAUAUCAUAUCGCAUUUCUCGGUCCCCGGGACUCCAUUGUUCCUAUGUUUAUUGUGGAAGAUGAUAUUCGAGACGAAUCGCAUCAAUCCUAUCGCUUUUAAGAUCCUGGAGCGAAUAGGCGCACGUGCACUAUCAGCGCACUUGCGCAAGUUCUGCGACUAUCUCGUGUUCGAAGUGACGAACCCGGCCGGCGGGCCGCACAUCAACAAAUGUGUGGACGCCAUCAACGAUAUCAUAUGGAAGUACAAUAUUGUCACCAUCGAUAGAUUAGUGCUGUGUUUGGCCCUCCGACCAAACCCAGAUGCGAAUGAAAGCCAAGUGUGUCUCUACAUCAUACAACUACUUCUACUCAAAGGUUCCGAAUUAAGGAACAGGGCUCAGGACUUCGUUAAGGAAAAUUCACCAGAACAUUGGAAACAGAAUAAUUGGUACGAAAAGCAUCUAGCGUUCCACAGGAAGUACCCCGAGAAGUUUGCCCCCGAAGAAGCGAACGGGGCAUAUGGUGCCCCUAUACCAGUGUACUUGAGCAACGUGUGUCUCCGGUUCAUUCCCGUGCUGGACAUAGUGGUGCAUCGCCACUUGGAGAUACCGCAAGUUAGCAAGAACUUGGAGCAACUGUUGGAGCACUUGGGAUACUUGUAUAAGUUUCAUGACCGUCCAGUAACAUUCCUCUACAACACGUUACACUACUACGAAACGAAACUGCGUGACAAACCUCUCCUCAAACGAAAGCUAGUGACCGCAGUACUAGGUGCUCUAAAAGAAGUGCGACCAAACGGUUGGGCCACCACGGAAACGUUCCAGAACUAUCUGGCCAAGUCCGACACAGAUGCGACCGCGUGGACACCCGAGUUGAAUUAUUAUUUGGGGCUGGUUAACCGUAUGGUGGAUACAAUGACAGGCGAAUCCCACUUCCCGAAUACAGACUGGCGUUUCAACGAGUACCCCAAUCCUUCAGCGCAUUGCCUCUACGUUACUGGCGUAGAACUAAUGUCCCUCCCAAUAGCACCCAAUAUCGUCGGCAACAGCCUAUUGGACGUCAUCACCAAAGGCUACGUGGUUAUCCCCACCACAAAAAUACAGCUAUGGAUCAACGCAAUAGGAAUCAUACUAGCCGCUCUUCCAGAGGCAUAUUGGACAGUAUUAUACGAUCGUGUAUUGGAAACUAUAACCAGUAAUGACAUGAUCGAAUGGUCGUACGAACAUACCCCGUUCCAGUUGUACAAUUUGAAUACGACGUUCGAUGCUAUGUUGGAGAAUAAGUUCAGUAUGAUUGUCGCGUUGACGCACGCGUUUUGGUAUCACGCGGGCGCUGGGUUGAUCAUGUUGAUGCCUACGUUUGUCAAAGAGAAGCUAGCCCCAGAGAUCCGCACAGAAACCCAACUGAUAUACCUCUGCCACCUCGUGGGUCCGUACCUACAGCGGUUCAACUCGGACCUCUCUCGAGCGGUUAUGGAUAUAACCAUAACGUUGUACGAACUACUCGCCCAUGUGGAUAAGAAUCAACCGCACUUGGAAUAUAUAGACCCGAUUUGCGAUUUGCUUUAUCACAUAAAAUACAUGUUCGUCGGCGACACGUUAAAGAACGAACUAGAAGCAGUGAUCCGAAAACUUCGUCCCGCUCUACAAAUGCGUCUUCGGUUCAUCACUCACUUGAACGUGGAACAAAUAAACACCGCCUAGCAGAACGAUUACUACAGCUAUACGCCCUCCAGCUCUAGCUCGAGCUCGGAAUAAGCUAUGCUGUAGUAAUAAAACCACUCUUUCGUUCGGUCUUUCGUUCACUCAUACGCUAGUACGCGUAGUGUUCAAUUGACUGCAAAGAAAGUCUAUGAGCGUUAGGUUUCUAUCAUUUCAUUCGGUCACGAUUGAGAGUUGUGAGUUACGUAAAAUGUGUGUUUAACUGUUUUUAAAAUCUCAUUGGAUUAUUGUAUAAUUCAAACUUAACAUAAAUGUCGUGAUAUGUUUUUAUUUGGGCGGAUUUUUCAAUCCUUGCUUAAAACUUAUUCAUCGAACAACGUAUAAGGGUCUCCUUAAAACUGCCAUUUCAAAAAUGUAUUGUAAUUGUCCGUAUUUGACAGUUUACAGGUGACAUUUUAAUAUGUUCGUGUAAGUAGUACUUUAUUGGACGGAUACAUUUUAACCAAGUAUUGAAAAAUCGGCUCUUAGUCUAAUAACUUUACACUCAAUAAUAAAAAAAUCGAUAAGAGUAGUAGUUGUGUUGAAAAAUUUGAACCGUUUUAAGGAAUCCAAUAUUUUGUAUUUAUAAUCAUUUUAUUGUAUUUUUUAGUUUAUUAAUUAUUAUCAAUGUUUUAAUAAUUAUAUCCUGGUUGUGGCUACGUGGAGUUAAGUUGGAGUAUUUCUGUUCAUGUUUUAAUGAACUUGAGGACUUGAUUGUAAUUUAUUGGAAAAUAAUAAAUAUUGAGGAAUGAUGAAUGAUGAUACGUAUAGAUAAUUAUCAGAUUUUUUUUAUUUAAAUUUGUUUUUACUUCAUUCUUAGAUAAUUUCAAAACACUAAAUUUCAUAUUACGUUUAAUUAUUAAUUACUUAAUUAUAAGUUGUAAAAUUGUUGUGACCUAUUUAUCUCAUUGCCCGUUGUGUGUGUUAUUUUACAAGAAACUGACAAAAAGCUGUGAUCAGCUAUUACAAAUUACAAAAUUGUAUAGUUACAAGUAAGGUAGAUAAUAAUUUAAUAGAUAAAUAAUGUUUUAAAAUGGCCUAAAAUUUAAUACACCAUGUGUCCUUUGUAAGCAACAGUGAAAUUAAUCAAUAGUUAUAGUUGUGAAAAGAAAUUAACUACUUUUAUGAAAAACUUGUCACUUAUGAUUCAGCAAUAAAUAAUCUGUAGUAUUAGAAGACACAGGUGCAUUGGUUGUUAAAGUAAUGUAGUGUUAAGUAUACUGUUUGCUAUAUAUAUCUUAUAUAAUUAAUUAAAUAUUAUACAGUAGCUUGCUUGUUGACGGCAUAUAUUUAAUACGCUAAAAUUAUAUACUUCAAUGUCUGGUCAGAAAAGUAUUUAAAAACGUCUCUCUUAGAACAAUAAGAUCUACUUUAAAAUAGUUUGAAAUCGAGAAAGAAAACACUAAAUAAAACCAUCGAGCGA